GCGUCGUUUAGUGGGCGCGGUUUCAAGGAUGGAAGGGAAGACACUACACUGGAUCGGGCUGGAGGUCAGACCGACCCAACGCUCUGGUUUAUGCCGACAGAGGAGGAGCCUAGGGGGCGUGGUAUUCAAUCCAGCCCCUGGUUUUGGAAGGGGCCUAAUGAUUUGAAAUGUCUCCGCGUUGUAACUGGAUGUGGGGUCUGUCACGCCGGCUGUUACUGUCAGGUCGCUGUCAGUUGUUUGCCCGGCAUAAUGUGGAUGUGCACAGACCCUUUUCCUCAGUCCCUCACCCACCACGGGUCUGUGUAGUGGGCAGUGGGCCAGCUGGAUUCUAUACUGCACAACAUCUACUAAAGCAUCAUACAGAAGUUCUGGUGGAUAUCUAUGAAAAAUUGCCAGUGCCUUUUGGUUUAGUCCGUUUUGGUGUUGCACCCGAUCAUCCUGAAGUAAAAAACGUCAUUAACACCUUUACACAAACUGCCCAGUCUGAACGAUGUGGGUUCUUUGGUAACGUGACUAUUGGGAAAGAUGUAACCAUGGAAGAAUUGCAGGCAGCCUAUCAUGCUGUUGUUCUGAGCUAUGGGGCUGAAGACAAGCGUGAGCUGGGAAUUCCGGGAGAAGACUUGCCUGGAGUUUACGCUGCCAGAGAUUUUGUGGGUUGGUACAAUGGACUUCCCUAUAACAGACAUCUUAAUCCAGACCUGAGCAGUGAAACGGCUAUCGUUUUAGGACAGGGAAAUGUGGCUCUUGAUAUUGCCCGCAUUCUUCUGUCUCCAAUUGAACUACUGAAGAAGACCGAUAUCACACAGUGCGCCUUGGAUGCUCUGAUUCAAAGCCGUGUUAGAAGGGUUUUGCUGAUUGGGCGACGUGGUCCCCUGCAAGUGGCAUUCACAAUAAAGGAACUGCGAGAGAUGCUUCAUCUUCCUGGGACUCGUCCAAGACUUGACCCAAAUGACUACCAGGGCUUGGGGGAUAUCACUAAAGACUUGCCUCGGCCUAGGAAACGCCUCACUGAACUGUUGGUAAAGUCUGCUUUGGAAGAGCCUACUAAAAAGGAUGCUACCCGUUGGAGUGUAGCUGAGAGAGAGUGGGGCUUACGGUUUUUUAGGAGCCCCAUUGAGAUUCUACCCAGUAAAGAUGGGAAUAAAGCAGCUGGGGUCCGUCUUUCUGUCACACGGAUAGAAGGUACUGGGGAUAAUUCUAUAGCAGUCCCUACGGGACAGGUAGAGGAUGUAUCUGGUGGAUUAGUCCUUAGCAGCAUUGGUUACAAAAGCAUCCCCAUCUCCCAAGCUGUACCUUUCCUCCCCAAGCAAGGAGUGAUACCGAACUCUAUGGGCAGAGUAAAGGAAUCUCCAGGUUUGUACUGCAGUGGUUGGGUGAAGAGAGGCCCUGUUGGUGUUAUCACAACUACCAUGUCUGAUGGUUUUGAAACCGCUCAGGCCAUUUUGGAGGAUAUGAAAUCAGGAAACCUAAACUGUUCAGAGUCCCGACCAGGAGCUGCAGCCAUACAGAAAUUACUUUCACUCAAACAAAUCCAACCUAUCUCUUUUUCUGAUUGGGAAAAGAUUGAUGCAGUAGAAUCAGCAAGGGGUCAGGAAAUUGGGAAACCUCGGGAAAAGAUCCUGGAUCCCCAAGAGAUGUUGUCAAUUGUUUCAAAUUGACUUUUCACAAUGACAAUGUAAUGUUAGUUGCUGAUCCAAUCAGAAUACUUUAUUCUAACAUCUACGUUCCAACACGUGCACUGCCUGGAAUGGCUAAAGCAAACCAUGAACUCUACUGGUCACCGACAAGAAUUAUGUCCUACCAAAAAGAUAAAAGAUGUGAGAAUUAAAAUACAUGUGUUUCAUAUGUUUCUCAACACUUGAUUGUUUGCCUCUGUCUUGUAUCUAAAUGUACAAAUCUGAAACCAAAUAAUUGGUUUCUUUUCAUUACUGUAUGUGGCUAAGUUUACAAUUCUUCAUGUCAUAGUCCGUUACAGUACAUUGUUUAAGUAUUGCAAAACACAUGCAAUGCUUGCUGUCUGGCAUUACUUAUAUGGUUCUGCUAUAAAUGUAUUAGUGCAUUGAUCUUUUUUUAUCCAAAAUUACUAGCACAGUCAACGGAGCGAAGGAUGUCUUCCUGCAAUAAAUACACCUGAGUGGAAAAACUGUGGAAUAAAUUAAAGAACUGAAAAAUAAAUCUUUAUACAUAUUGAUUUCCAAAUUGAUGAAAAUGUCUUUGUAAAGAAGUGAUCAAGCACGUACCGGCUUAAAAGGGACACUAUAGUCACCUAAAUAACUUAAUGAAGCAGCUUUGGUGUAUAGAUCAUGCCUCUGAAGUCCCACUGCUCAAUUCUCCAUUUAGGAGUUAAAUCACUUUGUUUCUGUUUAUGAAGCCCUAGCCUCACCUCCACUGACUGUGACUGACACAACUUGCAUGAAAACAAAAUGGUUUUACAUGGUUUUAUAUCCUGCUCUGUAAAUUAAACUUUAAUUGCAUAAAGGAGGCUCCUACAGGAUCUAGCAAGCAAAUAACAAAGAAGUAAUUCUCAAUUAAACAGAAUUUGCAAUCAAGAAAGGUGUACAAAUUAGAUGACUCUUUACUGGAACUGUUUAUGAAGGCUGUGUAAGUCACAUGCAGGGAGGUGUGCCUAGGGCUGCAUAAACAAAGUGAUUUAUCUCCUAAAUGGCAGAGAAUUGAGCAGUGAGACUGCAGGGGCAUGGUAUAUGCACCGAUACUGCUUCAUUAAGCUAAAGUUAUUUUGGUGACCACACUGUCCCUUUAACUGCAAGCAAAUUGUGCCAACCUACAUUUAAAGGAGGAAAAAAUAUAAUAUAU